GAGCCAGGUCACAGCAAAUGACCAGGAAGAGAAGAUGGCUGCAAAAAAUGGGAAGAAUGGUAUUCUGCAAAAAGGUCUCAGUGGGUCUGGCACCCUUCCUAAACACAGUUCACAAUGGAGGAUUGAUGAAAAACCGGUGAAAAUUGACAAAUGGGACGGUGCAGCUGUGAAAAAUUCUCUUGAUGAUGCAGCCAAAAAGGUACUCAUUGAGAAGUACGGCUAUGUUGAGAACUUCAGCCUUGUUGAUCAACGGCUCUUCAUUUGCACAAUCUCCUGCCUCUUUGCCAUUGUGGCUUUAAUUUGGGACUAUCUACACCCAUUCCCAGAGUCAAAACCAGUUCUAGCAUGCUGUGUUGUUUCAUAUUUCUUUAUGAUGGGCAUUCUAACCCUGUAUACAACGUACAAGGAGAAAAACAUCUUUCUUGUGGCUGUUCAAAAAGACCCAGCAGGCAUGGACCCAGACCAUAUGUGGCAACUUUCAUCCAGCCUUAAAAGGUUUGAUGAUAAGUACACACUGAAGGCAUCCUUCACGGAUGGGAAAACCAAGCAGUUCAGGGAGAAAGAGGUCACUGAGUCGGUCAGUGCAUUCUUCGAUGUUAAUGGAACAUUGGUGAUGGACCAGUAUGAAAAAUAUGUGUCAAAGCUUCAUGACACAUUGACAACAGACAAGAAAACCAAGUAAGAUUGAGCUUGAAUGUGGUGUACCAGCAAACGCUCAGCGACUCUAAACAUAAUCACUGAGAAACUUGGGGAUGUUAUAAUAUGUAUUUGUAUGUUAUCUAGCCUUAAGCUAAUAAACUGCAUCAAGACGGUCAUUUUUUUGUUGCUUUUUUUUGUUGCAAUUCCUAUAUAGAUCUAAUUGGAUUUUCCCUGCAUUGCAUUUUAGUUUAAAUAAAUGUCUUUUUUAAGCUUUACAUAUUGUCUCUUUAUCAUAAUUCUAUGAUUUGCUCUUUAUGCAUAAUGCAUUGGGUUUUUAAAACUGACCUGUGUGAAUGGGGACUUUCAGACCUAACAUGGCAAAAAAAUUAAAUCCAGUGUUGUUUUUGUUUGUCAGUUUCAGCAAAAUAAUCUCUUUUUUUGUAUUUAUUUGUAGCAGUUAGAAUGCAACACAGUACAGUACAGUUUCUUUGUAAUAUGAAAACUUUGUCCCAAAUUUAGAGCUUGAGCUUAUAUUUUUUGUAUCAGUUGUUGGAAGAAAACGUUAGUUGAAAUAAAAAGAAAGCUUUUACUCAUUUU